ACGCUUGACAAUUGGAAUCAGAAUCGGAGGGAAGAUUGCUGCGGCUUGCAGGCCAUCGUCUUCGCAACGAGGGACGACAAAGUUGCAGGAGACACCGGACCUUUUUUGGCGCUUUUUAGUUUGGGAAGGAAGGAGUGCGUUUCUGCACCUGCUCAAAAUCCAUCCAUCCCAUCCAUCAGGCUGGAGCAACUCGCGCGGUGGGAUAUACAGCCAUCUGUGUCUUUGGGCUAAACCAUGGGAGAUGGGGACCCUCCGGCUACGUAUACGGUCGACGAAGCUCUUGUUGCCCUGGGAUUUGGCAAGUUUCAACUGCUCGUUCUUGCUUAUGCUGGCAUGGGUUGGGUUUCAGAAGCGAUGGAAGUGAUGCUCCUUUCCUUCAUUGGACCUGCCGUUCAGUCUCUCUGGGGUCUUUCUGCACGAGAAGAGAGCGUGAUAACCAGCGUAGUUUUUGCGGGCAUGCUCGUCGGAGCAUACUCAUGGGGCAUAGUGUCAGACAAGCAUGGGAGACGGAAAGGUUUCUUAAUUACAGCAGUGGUUACUACUGGAGCCGGUUUCCUGAGUGCCUUCGCCCCAAACUAUCUUUCAUUGCUUGUGCUCCGUUGUUUAGUUGGUGUUGGCUUAGGAGGUGGUCCUGUCCUCUCAUCCUGGUUCUUAGAGUUCAUCCCUGCUCCAAAAAGGGGUACUUGGAUGGUUAUUUUCUCUGCCUUCUGGACAGUAGGAACAAUUUUUGAAGCUUCAAUUGCAUGGUUUGUGAUGCCAAGAUUAGGUUGGAGGUGGUUGCUUGCUUUGUCGUCUCUGCCUUCAUCAGUUCUCCUUCUAUUUUAUGUGGUGGCACCCGAGUCUCCUAGGUACUUAUGCAUGAAAGGAAGGAUAGCUGAUGCUCACAGUAUUUUGAAGGAAAUAGCUAGACUAAACAAAACUGAACUGCCUGCUGGAGUUCUUGUGUCUGAUUAUAAUGUUCAAUUGCAAGAGAAUAGCAUUCCGUCUGAGGAUACCCAGUUGCUCACCUCAAGGAGAAAGGAAAAUAGAACUCUUGAUAGCUCAGAGCAGAGUAUGGGAGGCUUUUCUUCGUUACUUAUGCUUCUUUCUCCAAGACUACUGAAGUCAACUAUGCUUUUGUGGAUAUAUUUCUUUGGGAAUGCUUUCGCAUAUUAUGGACUAGUGUUGCUGACUACUGAGUUAAGCAAUGGACGCAACAAAUGUUCCCCAUAUCAGUCACAUCUGAAAAAAACUAGUGACAUCAAUUAUGGAGACGUUUUUGUCACUAGUUUUGCUGAAUUUCCUGGGCUUCUUAUAUCAGCUGCAAUUGUUGAUAAACUUGGUCGUAAGCUUUCGAUGGCAUCUAUGCUCUUCUUAUGUUGCAUUUUUCUGCUACCGCUGGUUGUCCAUCAACCAGCAGGUUUGACAACAAGUCUUCUGUUCGGCGCUCGCAUAUGCAUCACAGCUUCAUUCACUAUUAUCUAUAUAUAUGCUCCAGAGGUGUACCCAACCUCAAUCAGGACAACUGGUGUUGGAGUUGCGAGCUCAAUAGGGAGGAUUGGCGGGAUGAUAUGUCCUCUCGUGGCUGUUGCAUUAAUAAAGGGAUGUCAUCAAACUGCAUCCAUAAUUCUAUUCGAGAUUGUGAUCUUUGUGUCUGGAAUUUGCGCAGUGCUCUUUCCGUUUGAAACAAAGGGCCGCGAUUUAAGUGACACCAUAGCAAGCUCAACAGAAGACGUCAAUUCAGCAUGAAGUUGUAAACAAGCGCCCAUUUAUGGGAUGACACCCUCGAUGUAUAAAAGAAAACCUGGGUGCACAUCCCCAACUUUGAUAUCUGCGAUACAAGAGUUUUCUUACAACAUGUCCACGGGUUCAAUUAUAUAUGAAAACACUUGAGCUACGCAAUUUGUGUAUGCGAAGGUAUUCCGAGCGGAAAGUCUUUGCUUGUGUUA